CAUGCCUCAUGCCGGCUAACCUCUCUUUUUAGCAUAUAAACAACGCAAAACGCAUUUAAAUGUGAAUCUGGCAAUCUGGUAACUCGAAAAAAUUAUACAUCAUGGAUGUGAAAGAAUAUUUAUUAACAUCUUCACAGCAUUCUCAACAAUUUUCUGCAUGUCUAUGGGAUUACAACACUUUGAAUGUAAUGAAAUUGUAUAGAAAUGGAGGAACGAUAUCAUCAAACUGUUUAGAAAUGAUUGGGGAUGAGUAUAUUUUAACUGGGGAAGUAGCAAAACCUCUCCUACAUGUGUGGCUUUUGAAUAACCAAGACGUCUCAAAAAAUGUACGAUUAAUAUUACCUGAACCUGCAACAUGUCUAGCAGUUUGUCCAAAACAAGUGUAUCUUGCAGUCGGAAUGACCUGUAAAUUAUACAUAUGGCAUAUAUCAUCAGGAAAACUAUUAUCUGUACAACAGAAAAAUUACCAGCCAAUAACAUGCAUAAAAUUUUCUUCAGAUGGAGCAUUUGUAUUGGUUGGCGGUCAAGAUGGAAUGCUAGUUGUUUAUAAUUUAUGCGAUUUAAUUGCACUUAGUAACAACUAUCUUGCGCAGACUGAUAUUGGCCAGGUAGAACCUGUAUAUGUGAAGAAUGAUCAUUCCUUGCCAAUCACAAAUUUGCAUGUCGGAAGCUUUGGGAAAAAAUCCCGUUUGGCAACAGUAUCUACUGAUCAAACUUGUCGCCUUUACAACUUAUUGACGGGAGAGAACCUAUUGACACUUGUCUUUGAUGAGCCUCUAACCAGUGUUGUUUUUGAUGCAUGCUGUUGGCAGCUAUACGUUGGAUGCGCCAGUGGCAUAAUGAGAGCAUUCAAUUUACAACAACCACCAAGAACAGUGACACACCAUAUCACCAAGAAAAGCAGUUUGACUUUUGAGGGACAUACAAAAAAGGUGACCUGCUUAGCUUUAAGUUUAUGUAACACCGUUCUUGCAUCUGGAAGUGAUGAUAAUUUCGUGUUUACUUGGGACAUAAAAAGUCGGCAGAUUUUGAAGAAAAUCGAACACAAAGCAGCUAUAACUAAUAUAAAAUUUGUAAUGUCAUUUGAGAAUUUUUUUGCCGAUGUCAUGAAGCCGAAGACAGUUUUGAGUUCGUUGGAGAGAAAUACUGAUUUUAGUAAUGACUUUAAAAUUUCUCAAAUACAACUUCAGGACAUAGAACUAAGUGAUGAUGAAAAUUCGAUAGAAAAAGAGAAAGAGAGGGACAAGAUAAGGGAAGAGAAUACUAGGUUAAGAGUCAUCAAUAAACAACUGUAUAAUGCUGCAUUAGAAAUAAGGAAAAAAUAUUCAAAUAAUUUGAGAGAAUAAAAACGCUGUUUUAUAUAAAUA